UUGCAAAUUAAACUAAAUUACCAAACAAAGACCAACAAAAUACAUAGAGGAAUAAGGUCUUGCAGGGAACAUGCCGGAAUACUGUGUGACUGGGGGGAACGGAUUCAUCGCAGCUUACCUGAUCAAGUCCCUGCUCGAAAAGGGUCAUAUUGUAAGGACGACAGUACGAAAUCCAGAAAAUGCAGAGAAGGUAGGCUAUCUCUGGGAGCUAAAUGGAGCCAACGAAAGGCUGAGGAUUAUGAAAGCUGAUUUGCUGAUUGAAGGAAGUUUCGAUGAGGCUGUGGACGGAGUGGAUGGUGUAUUCCAUACAGCAUCGCCAGUGCUUGUUGCCUAUGAUGAUAACAUCAAGGAGAACUUGAUUGAUCCAUGCAUCAAAGGAACCUUAAAUGUGCUCAACUCCUGCAAGAAAACAAGCACUGUGAAAAGGAUUGUGUUAACUUCUUCUUGUUCUUCAAUUAGAUACCGAUAUGAUGUUGAGAAAGAGUCCCCCCUCAAUGAAUCUCAUUGGAGUGAUCUGGAAUAUUGUAAAAACCACAAUCUUUGGUAUGCUUAUGCAAAAACUAUAGCAGAACAAGAGGCCUGGAAAUUUGCUAAGGAAAGUGGGAUUGAUCUGGUGGUGGUGAACCCCUCAUUCGUAGUCGGUCCUCUACUUGCACCUCAACCAACUAGUACACUGCUACUUAUAUUGGCCGUUGUUAAAGGAUUAAGAGGAGGAUAUCCAAAUACAACGGUAGGCUUUGUGCACAUAGAUGAUGUUGUGAAUGCACAUAUAUUGGCAAUGGAAGAGAGCAAAGCAUCAGGCAGACUUGUAUGUUCAGGCUCAGUGGCACACUGGUCAGAGAUCAUUGAAAUGCUAAGGGCCAAAUAUCCAUCUUACCCUUACGAAAACAAGUGUAUCAGUCAGAAAGGAGAUGACAAUCCACAUACCAUGGACACUAGCAAGAUUCUUAAGUUGGGGCUCCCUCCUCUGAAAUCACUGGACCAAAUGUUCGAUGACUGCAUUACAAGUUUCCAACAAAAGGGUUUUCUUGGAAGUUUAUACAAAAAUUUCUGAAAUCGGUUAACUUGUUUGGUCCCAGCUGGUUCAGUCAUAG